AGUUAGUGAGCCACCGGUCCACCUCCAUUUUUCCACCCUGUGUUCGCACCAGUGAAGGCGAACAGUUGUUUCUGAAUGUAACUAACGUGUAAAUUUGUUUAAAAAAUUCCCCCAAAAAAUCAUUAAAAAAACACUAACCAUGGAGCGUACACGAACCUACGAAAGAUCAUCGAACGAAGAUGCGCGGAGAAAAGUGCCACAGGAGACGGAAUUUGGCCCGAAAAAAACUAUACUAGUGUUGGCUAUUGUUGCUGGUUGUUUUGCUGUGUUGUGGCCCAAAAUUUUUUAUCCCAUGUUGACGGGACCUGCGAAUACUGCACACACGUCACCCGACGAAACUGUCUGCUGCGAUUUGAUAUUCGAGAGUGACGUAAAUACCGUGGAUAUCCUCCAAGAGAUGUGUCAAAACAUACUGAAACACCAUCAAAUAGAUCCACGUGUGCGUGAUGCACUGAAAACAAACAAAUUGACACCCCAAAGUGCAAGUUUUUGCCGCGACGAAGUCCUGGCAAGAUGUGGCAUUGAUUUGUCAUCAUUCUUGGCGGAAAAGGAGAGACUCGGAAAAACGUACAAGCAAGUUAUAGAGGAGAUAAGGUCAUUCAACGGUUCACUGUGUCUCAGGAACAAUUUUGGUGUACCAUUGGCACAAUUGGGAACACCGCAUCUCAUAAGAUAUCAUAUAUUAAUGCCACACACUCCCCUGAGACAAGAAAGACGACUGCCACCUCAUGCUGGGGGUCUACAUCCAGCAAUGAGAGAGCGUGGCAGAGCGAUACCCACAUCACACAUAGUGCCGCGAGUUGAUGGGCGACCAGAGAACGUUGUCGUUCAGAAAAUGAGACCGCCAAUGGGUGGACCUGGGCGAGUUGUGCCACCGCCAAGUGGUGGUGGCGGUGGCACUAUGGGAAUCAUCCUGCCGCUUUAUACCAUUGGCAUUCUUCUCUUCUUCCUUUACACUAUUGCUAAGAUCCUGAGAAAAAAUUCAAACAAUGAAAUUUACCAGGAUUAUCAAAACCCCGAGGCGGAAAGGGAGUUCAGGGACCGCGUCUUCAACCCUGACAUCCUCACCACUGCAAUAACGGGUACUAAUUAUUAUCGGAAAGAGAGAUCGCCUUCACCCAAGGAGCCACUUCCAACGAUUCAAGAGCUUCAAGCACAAGCAGCAGGAGACAUUGAGGUAAAUCAGCUGAUACAACGAUUGGCAGACACCGAGGCAGCGAUGGAACGAAUUGUCGUACAAAUGGGCAAUUUGUCACGAACAAUCGUACAUAAUCCCCAGUGCACAGAUACACAGGGAGAAUGUGUGGAUAAACAGUGUUAUCAGAGUCCCAAUGAAAGUGGAGAAGUCGAUGCAGACUCAGGGUCUGCGAUGAAGGUCAUGGGAAUGGAGAUGACAGCUACCUCUGAGACUGGCCAGAAAAUAAGCCGACCCACCACCCCCAUUUUUCCUGAUGGACGCGGGCCGGAAGAACGUGAGAAGACGCCGCCAAAGCCAAUUUAUCUCGAGGGUAUCCUUCCACCCCAAUGUGAAAUACUGGUAUCAGACUCGGAAACCCAGGAGGAGAGCUCCGAGGAGAAUUCCGAUGCUGCCAUUGUAUUGUCAAGCAAAGUGACACUGUCACUCAUCAGUCACGAUCAGAAUUCAUCUGACUCGACAGGGGCGAUUGAACAUUUGGAUGAAAAUGGAGAAGUUAUACCGAGCGACUUAGGGGUGAAAGCGCGGGAGAAUGGAGAGACUGCUGCAGCGUUGAUCGAUGAAAAGGAAAUUAGUGUUUUCAGCGAUGAGAAAGAUGAGGUGGAAAUUGUUAUGAAAGAUGAGGAACAUCAUAAUGAGAAAACGUCUGACAUUGUAACGAGGGAUGGAGAGGUGGAGAAAGGGUAUGAGGAGGAGGAGGAGGAGGAGGAGGAAGGUACAGAAGAAAUUGAACAGAUGAAAGAAGUGAAUGUACUAGAGUCGAUAGAUCAAACACAGAUAGUCAAGCAAUUGGAUGAGGAGGAAGAAGGAAGCGACGAGGAAGAGGAAGAGGAGGAGGAAGGGCAAAAGGUGGGAGAAGUAGUAGAGCAUACAAAUGUGAAAGUAACAGAAAGAGAGGAGGAAGAAGAUGAAGAGGAGGAGGAGGAGGAAGAAGAAGAAGAAGAAGAAGAAGAAGAAGAAGAACAUAUAGAGAAGGCAGUUGAACAGAAACAUGUAAAGGUAGAGCAGCGACAGGAAACAGAAGAAGAGGAAGAGGAAGAAGAAGAAGAGGAGGAGGAGGAGGAGGAGGAGGAGGAGGAAGAGGAGGAAGAGGAGGAUAAAAAAGAAAUUGAAGUCCAAAAAGUCCAACCCAGAAAAUUUGCCAUUAACGAUAAAUUAAAAGAUGUAAAGAAAACAGUGGAAAGUAAUGAAAAUGAAGAAAGUGAAGAGGAAGAAGACGAUGAAGAUGAGGAUGGUGAUGUUGAAGAUAAUAGCGAGGAAGAUGCGCUAAAGCGUAAACGAUAAAUCGUCAAUUGUGAAUUGGUUUCGUCAACCACAUUUUUCCACUGAUCUUGUGUAAUUGUAAAAGUUGAAAGAAGCAUUCUCAUUUUAUUUCCACUAAUCUCUGGAGAAAUUCCUUACUAAAUUCACGUUUUAUGAAACAGAGACUAUUGCAAAAACUAAUCUGAAUAUUAUUAAAUUUUAAAAUUUUAAAAUUUUUUAGUCGUAAAUUUUCCAAAAACGACGACAUGCUUGACAGAACGCAGUGAUGACGAAGUGUUGGUUCUUUUUCAUUUUACAAAACUGUUGAGAAUAAUAAAUUCUGGAAUAAUGUAGAUUUAAUAUAUAAGAGAAGAAUGUUCACGUUUCCUCUAUUGAAUAUAACAGAAGUCUAGAAUGCAGUGAUGAACGCCACCUUUAUACAUCAAAUAAAUCGAAAAUAUUCAAUUGUAAACAGCUAGUUGUUAGAUAUCGGAGUCAAGUUUAUUGUUAUACCGUUCAGAUCCCAUCGGAGUCCCGUGUUGAGUAUCUUCCAUUAUUGUUAUCAACAAGUGAAUGCUCGUCAAUGUUUUUUGAUUGAUCAAAUAAAGAAUAAAGGAUGAA